AUGACUAAUGCAGCCGAAGGCGCUUGCCUCCUCGUUUCCCCUUUCCGCUCCCCAGUACCCCUUCCCGCCUCCCCGUUUCCCCUUGCCCGCCUCCCCAAUUCCCCUUCGCGCUCCCCGUUUCCCCUUCCCGCCUCUCCGUUUCCUCUUCCCGCCCCCCAUUACCCCUUCCCGCCUCCCCGUUUCCCCUUUCCGCUCCCCAUUACCCCUUCCCGCUUCCCCGUUUUCCCUUCCCGCUCCCCAUUACCCCUUCCCGCCUUCCCGUUUCCCCUUCCUGCCUCCCCAAUUCCCGUUCCCGCCUCCCCGUUUCCCCUUCCCGCUCCCGACUUCCCCUUCCCGCCUCCCCGUUUCCCCUUCCCGCCUCCCCGUUUCCCCUUCCCGCUCCCCUUUUCCCCUUCCCGCUCCCCGUUUCCCCUUCCCACCUUCCCGUUUCCCCUUCCCGCUCCCCAUUACCCAUUCCCGCCUCCCCGUUUCCCCUUCCCGCUCCCCGUUUCCCCUUCCCACCUUCCCGUUUCCCCUUCUCGCUCCCCAUUACCCAUUCCCGCCUCCCCGUUUCCCCUUCCCGCUCCCCAUUUCCCAUUCCCGCCUCCCCGUUUUCCCUUCUCUACUCCUCAAUUCUCAUUCCAGCCUGCACGUUUCCCCUUCCCGCUCCCCGUUUCCCCUUCCCACCUCCCUGUUUCCCCUUCCCGCUCCCCAUUACCCCUUCCCGCCUCCCCAUUUCCCAUUCCCGCUCCCCAUUACCCCUUCCCGCCACCCCCCUUCCCGCCUCCCCAUUACCCCGUUUCCCCCCUUUCUCCCUCUCGUUUCCCCCCCUUCUCCCUCUCGUUUCCCCGCCUCCCCCUCUCGUUUACCCCCCUUCCCCCUCUCAUUCCCCCCCCUUCUCCUCAUUAUUUUCCCUGCUUCUCCCUCUCAUUUCCCCCCUGCAUUACCCUUCCCCUCCCUGCAUUACCCUUCCCCUCCCUGCAUUACCCUUCCCCUCCCUGCAUUACCCUUCCCCUCCCUGCAUUACCCUUCCCCUCCCUGCAUUACCCUUCCCCUCUUUUUCACAAUCCUCCUGCCUUUCCCUCUUUUCCCCUCUCGUGCUGCCUUUCUCUCUUUUCAGCUCUCUUCAACAAGUGUUGA